AGUCAGGCUUGACGCCUUUUACCCACAACCCCAUUUCCCUAUAUAUGCACAUUAACUAAUUUUUCAAGUCUUUGACACCCUCAUACUCCCCAUCUUCUCAGCUAACUACUCUCUCCCCAUCAUAUUCCCUCUCUCUUCUCUCUCUUUGUGCAUACAACUUUCUUUGUCUCCUUUUGAAACUCACCCAUGUCUUAAAUUUUGUACAUAUAUUAUGGAGUGUUGUUGUUGUGCCUUGUUUUUAGUCGCGCACAUCUGUGGGACAACACAGAAUUAUAUGUAAUAUUUUUCACACUCCCACAAGUGUAUAUGUAUUAGAUUUUACAUACAUAUAUACAUAUAAUCAUAGUUUUCAAUUUUUAAUUUGCUGUUUACAUUGCCUCCUCCUCCUUUAAUUUCUUUCCAAGAGGGAUCAUCAUCAUGUUGCAGGAUGUUAUUCACCCGCCACCACCGCCACUGUCGCCGUUGCCAUCGCCAGCCCAACCUCCAACCGAGCAAAUCUCCAUUGAGGAGAUUUCGAGCCCAAUCAGCGCCCGAAUCUUCGAACUCUGCGACGCCGAGUUGUUCCCGGAGGCGGGUCUUCAGAGCUCUGACGUUACCUCAACCUCAAACUGUUGCUUUGAAGAGGCACAAUACAAGACCAAUACAGUCACCACACCAACUAGUACAGCACAAGAUAUAACUGCCUCGGCAGCGGCCGUUGCGGCCAAUAACAAUAUUAACAAACCACCGGACAGCUGUAACAACCUUUCGGUUAUCUUUGACUCCCAAGAAGAGCUUGACAAUGACAUCUCUGCUUCCAUAGACUUCUCUUCUUCUCCAGCCGCAGCUUUUCCGGUUCCAUCUCUUCUCCCAAAUAUCACAACUCAGCCGGAACAAUUCGACUUCUCUUCGCCUUCGGUUCUCAAGGGUCUCCCUCAUCAGUAUCCAACUGACACUGCUACUACUGUUGUUGUUCCACCACUUAUGGGGAAUCCAUUAGUACCUUCUGUUUUCGAAGAUGAAUGCAUGUCUUCAAUGGCUUCUUAUGUUCCUAUUAACUCUUCUUCCGCACCUUCUUGCUCUUAUCUCAGCCCUGCUGGCUUAGGAGUGUUCAUGCCUCCUCUUACUACCGCCUUAUCUGCUGAUUCUGCCUUGUUUGGUGGCAACAUUCUACUCGGUUCGGAACUUCAAGCUCAAGAAAUAGAUUACCAAGGAGAAAAUGGUGGAAUAUUUUGUACAGAUUCAAUUCAGAGGGUGUUUAAUCCACCAGAUCUUCAGACACUUAGUAGUGAGAGUCAGCAACUUGUACCUGGUUCUGGAGGCUCGGCCACUUUGGCACCAGAGAUCUCAAACUUGGAGGACUCUACCUUAAAAGUUGGAAAACUUUCUGUUGAGCAAAGGAAGGAAAAGAUUCAUAGAUACAUGAAGAAGAGAAAUGAAAGAAAUUUUAGCAAGAAAAUCAAGUAUGCCUGCCGCAAAACUCUGGCUGAUAGCCGACCCCGAGUUCGAGGAAGGUUUGCAAAGAAUGAUGACUUCGGAGAGAACCAUAGACCAGCUUGUAGCAAUCAUGAAGAAGAUGAUGAAGAAGAAAUAGUUGUGAAGGAAGAUGAUGAUUUGGUCGAUUCCUCAGAUAUCUUUGCACAUAUAAGUGGUGUGAACUCCUUCAAGUGCAACUAUUCCUCCAUCCAAUCCUGGAUUUAAUUUGAAAAAUCAUGUUUAGUAAUUUCAUUUUUAGUAUAACAAUAUUAAUAUCUUUAUUAUACGUAGCUUCUAUAGAUUUUUGCAGGGCCCUUUAGUCAUCCUUUGUUUGAUGGUUGGGGUCAAAAUAAUAUAUACCAAUAAGUGAGUGAGUCAGGAAUAUAAGAGUGUACACAUUUUUGCAUAUACUAUAUAUCUUUUUUCUUUUCUUUUUUAUUACCUUGUAACUACUAGAAUAUAUAAUAUAUUAUACAUUAACCCGUUAAAAGAAACUUCCAGUUUUCCCUCAAAACUGGUGCAUCUUAUU